AUGCAGUCUCCGGUGCGCACACCGUCGCCAAUGCAAGUCACUCCAGUGAAGCCUUUGAAGCAGCCAAAACCAAAAGCCAGGGACCCUAACAAAAGGGAUAUGAAUCUUGAGGAAAAACAGAAAUUGGGAACUGGUUUGCAGAGCUUGCCACCGGAGAAAAUGGAACAGGUUGUACAGAUCAUAAGGAAGAGGAAUGGUCAUUUGGAGCAGGAUGGGGAUGAGAUUGAGCUUGAUAUUGAAGCUGUUGACACUGAGACUCUAUGGGAACUUGAUCGACUAGUGACUAACUGGAAGAAGAUGAUGAGCAAGAUCAAGCGGCAAGCACUAAUGGACAAUGUGAAUAACAAUGUGGCUUCAAACAAUGACAAUGGGGAAGUACCUGCUGGUGAAAAGGUUGAUGAAGUGUCACCUGUUGAGCCAAAGAAGCCAAAGAAAGCUGAAGCAGGGGAUGAGGAUGUUGACAUUGGGGACGAUAUGCCAAUGAGUGUGUUUCCCCCUGUGGAGAUUGAGAAAGAUAAAGAUGUUAUCGUUGGAGGCCACCCAAGUAGUAGUUCGAGUAGCUCGAGCAGUUCAGGCAGCGAUUCCUCUUCAUCUAGUGAUUCAGAUUCAGGUAGUUCCUCUGGGAGUGAUUCUGAAGCAGACAAUGGACACUUAUAG